CAGCAAGGUUUUAUCCAAAUCAUCUUGAACGUGAGCAGAUAGAUGAGGUUUUGGGAAAAUAAUAAUACACAGAAAGAGAUUGAGAUCUCCACCUGGUGCUUUGUACUCUACGAAGACACCUCAUUCGAUACUCUCGGUACCUCCUCCUCCAAAGCUCCGUACAGUACAAUCUCCAUACAAAUCAAAAUCAUCACAAAACCAUGAUUACUCACUCUACUUAAUAAAAUUCACUCGCAGGUUAUCAAAAUGCAGGCUACAAGUUGUAUCGGUCGUUCCGGCGUUGACUUUCGACUUGUAACAAAUUCAACUAACAGAACAAUAACAAACUUAACAAACUCUCGUGUUGUGCUUUCGAGAAAGGCUUUGUUUGGACUGCGUUUCAAUUCUGUUGCGAUGAAGUCUAGUAACUCAUUGCUCUCAACAUCGGUCAAGUCGAGAUUAGUUAGAGCUCAAGCUGCAGGAGACUCGGAGGAUGUUGCUCCUACAAAAGUUCAAGAGAAAUCCUCUAGUUCAGUACUGCCUUAUGUGGGAGUUGCUUGUUUGGGAGCCAUUUUGUUUGGAUAUCAUUUAGGGGUGGUUAAUGGCGCUCUUGAGUACCUCUCUAAGGAUCUUGGGAUUGCUGAAAAUGCUGUUUUACAAGGAUGGGUUGUCAGCACACUUCUUGCUGGUGCCACCGUGGGCUCAUUUACUGGAGGAGCAUUGGCUGACAAAUUUGGCAGAACAAAGACCUUUCAAUUGGAUGCAAUCCCACUUGCAGUUGGAGCAUUUCUGUGUGCCACAGCUCAGAGUGUUCAGACAAUGAUAGUAGGCCGCUUACUUGCUGGAAUUGGUAUCGGCAUCUCAUCUGCCAUUGUGCCACUUUACAUAUCUGAGAUCUCACCAACCGAGAUACGUGGCACACUUGGAUCAGUGAACCAGCUGUUUAUCUGUGUGGGAAUUCUUGCAGCGUUGGUUGCUGGAUUACCAUUAGCAUCAAACCCUCUAUGGUGGAGGACUAUGUUUGGUAUCGCAGGCAUUCCCUCUGUUCUAUUGGCAGUAGGUAUGGCAGUCUCUCCAGAAAGUCCGCGGUGGCUUUAUCAGCAAGGAAGAAUCGCUGAAGCUGAAGUAGCUAUAAAAAGAUUAUUUGGAAAAGAAAAGGUCAGGGAGGUUAUGGAUGACUUAGAUGCAUCUAGUCGAGGUACUACGGAACCAGAAGCUGGCUGGUUUGAUCUGUUCAGUAGCCGAUACUGGAAAGUUGUCAAUGUUGGUGCUGCUCUUUUCCUGUUCCAACAGUUGGCUGGCAUAAAUGCUGUCGUAUAUUACUCUACCUCUGUGUUUCGGAGUGCUGGAAUAGUCUCUGAUGUUGCAGCCAGUGCUCUGGUUGGGGCAUCAAACGUUUUCGGCACGACUGUGGCAUCUUCUCUGAUGGACAAGCAAGGAAGAAAAAGUCUACUUCUUAUAAGCUUCACAGGAAUGGCUGCUUCAAUGUUGCUGCUUUCACUCUCCUUCUCCUGGAAUGUUCUUGCACCAUACUCUGGCACACUAGCUGUUGUUGGCACUGUUCUAUAUGUGUUGUCCUUUUCUCUUGGUGCUGGUCCUGUCCCUGCCCUAUUACUUCCGGAGAUAUUUGCUUCCCGAAUCAGAGCGAAAGCAGUUGCCUUGUCAUUAGGCAUGCACUGGGUAUCAAACUUCGUUAUUGGCCUCUAUUUCUUGAGUGUUGUAACUAAGUUUGGGAUCAGCAAAGUGUACCUUGGAUUUGCAUCCGUCUGUCUACUUGCUGUCUUGUAUAUAUCCGGUAAUGUUGUAGAGACUAAAGGCAGAUCACUGGAGGAGAUUGAACGUGAACUAAACCCAGCAGUAUGAAGAUAUUAAAGUACAAUGCCUGCAAAGACGGAGAUUGUUUGUAGCUUUCUGGUUGGGAAUUUUGAUCUGAGGAUGUUUGUCUAUUUGUUAAAUAUAUGUAGCAGAUCUUGUUUCUUUGGAACAAGUUAUACUGAAAUCUCGCACGUUUCCACCAUUAUUCAUCACUGUGAAUUGCGUCAUAUUAGUGGGGAAAAAUCAGUAUGAUGGUUGUCUUCGGGUAAUCGCACUA